CGUGCAUAGCAAGCGCAGAGUAGACGGCGGUUGCCAAAAAAGUCAAAAGGCAUACGAAUUGGCAAAAACAAAAGAUUCUCAUACUCUGUUUUCACUAUAAAUACCGCUCUCCACCAGGCACUUAUUCUCCCCCCUCAUCUCACCCAUCCCACUUUGUUAGUUACAAAACAUCCCAUUCAAUGGUCUUCAAGUCCAUACUCUUUCUCAUAGUCGGAGCAAUAGCUCUGAUCUUCCUCCUCUCCCACGACCCCGCCACCCACCACCACCACCACCGCUGCCUGGAGCCCCAUGGCGACUUCAAUCUCACCAACAAGAUCAUCUGCGUCUUCCCUGAAAUCGAUGUGAACCCCACUGAUCACUAUGUAUCCGUCCACGAACUUACCCAGUGGAAACUUCGUCAUCUCCAAACUAAGCAAUUCCAUCGCAGCAAGAGGGAGAUGAUCAUUUACGAUAAGAAUCUCGACGGUUUCGUCUCCUUCGCUGAGUUCGAUUACGCUCUUCCCACUUCACCACAAUAUGCAGAUGGUGGUUCUUUUGGUUAUCACAUGAGAGUGUUGGAAGAAGAGCAUUUUAAUGCUUCUGAUACCGAUGGGGACGGUCGUUUAAACUUACCUGAAUUCCACGAUUUUCUCCACCCGGCUGACAGCAACAACCCAAAGCUUCAACAAUGGUUGUGUAGGGAGGAAGUCUGGGAACGUGAUACAGACAGAGAUGGGAAGGUCAGUUAUAUAGAAUUUCUGAAUGGGCUCUUUCUUUCCAUAAGAUCCUACGAUGAAGAAGGUUACAGUUAUUUACAUCAUUCUGAUGAUUCCAAGAAUGCUUAUGCUAAACUUGUGUUUUCUCAGCUUGACAAAGAUAGUGACGGGUAUUUGUCAGCUAUUGAACUACUACCUAUAAUUGGGAAAGUCCAUCCAUCUUGGCAAUAUUAUGCAAGGAAGCAGGCGGAAUACUCUAUUUCACAGGCACAAGCUAGCAAAUAUGGGCGCCUUAAUUUGAAUGAGAUGAUUGAGAAUGCAGAUAUAUUAUAUGCUGCUAUUUUCCACGAUGGGUUCUAUUAAGUAAGGACAGUUCUAUCCUAACCUGCAUUCAGUGAAGAUUUUCGUUACCGUUCGGUGGAGAAGAAAGGGUUUGAAACAAGGUGACCUCAACGAGUGUGGCUUUGUAAGCCGGCGGAUUACUAUUAGAAAGUAGUGGGUUAUCGUAGGAGUAAGAUAUUGAGUUGAAUAGCACAAGGUCCUUGUAUCAACAAGAAACAAAAUCGGUAGUCAGGCUAAUAAUGGACAAAAAAAUGGAUCUUCAAUUGGUGUUGCUAAUAAACGAAGAAGAAUGCUCAUGAAAUCAAAAAAGGAGUCGGCGUAAACUCACGUUGGGCUAUGAUUAUGAGCAGGUGCAGGUGCAGUGCAGCCAAGUGAAGUUUUGUUUUAUUGUUAUGUAGCCUUAGUAAAUCAAGUUAGUAGCUAGUUGAUCUUGAGUAUUUGUUGUUUUAUUGGUAGGCAUAAUGUUUCUUUUGUUGUCCUAAUUUUGUGGCUUGGGUCCAAACUCUGUAAUUUUGAUUGCUCUUUCUUUAGCAUGUCUUGUGCUUGUACUAGAGCUUAGUAAUGUAUUUUACUUUGACUA